UGCAGGGCCUGGCUGGGGCGACGCCAGCAUGCGGGCCGCGCGCGCGCUGUAGACAUAGCGCCGCACAGCAUGGCCUCGGUGGCCGCGUGGCUGCCGUUCGCGCGCGCCGCGGCCAUCGGCUGGGUGCCGAUCGCCACCCACCCGCUGCCGCCGCCGCCCGUGCCCAAGGACCGCCGCAAGGCCGACGACGAGAAGCUGCUCAUCAACGUGAGCGGCCGUCGCUUCGAGACCUGGCGCAACACGCUCGAGAAGUAUCCCGACACGCUGCUCGGCUCCAACGAGCGCGAGUUCUUCUACGACGAAGAGACCAAGGAAUACUUCUUCGACCGAGACCCAGACAUUUUCCGGCACAUCCUCAACUACUACCGCACGGGAAAGCUUCACUACCCCAAGCACGAGUGCCUCACAAGCUACGACGAAGAGCUCGCGUUCUUCGGCAUCCUUCCCGACGUCAUCGGCGACUGCUGCUACGAGGACUACCGGGACCGCAAGCGCGAGAAUGCCGAGCGGCUUAUGGACGACAAGCUGUCGGAGAACGGCGACCAGAACCUGCAGCAGCUCACCAACAUCCGGCAGAAGAUGUGGCGCGCCUUCGAGAACCCGCACACGUCGACGGCGGCGCUCGUCUUUUACUACGUCACCGGCUUCUUCAUCGCCGUGUCGGUGAUGGCCAACGUCGUGGAGACGGUACCUUGCGGUCUCCGGCCAGGGCGCGCGGGCACGCUGCCCUGCGGAGAGCGCUACAAAAUCGUCUUCUUCUGCUUGGACACGGCGUGCGUCAUGAUCUUCACGGCCGAGUACCUGCUGCGCCUGUUCGCCGCCCCGGACCGCUGCAAAUUCGUUCGCUCUGUGAUGAGCAUCAUCGACGUGGUGGCUAUCCUGCCCUACUACAUCGGACUGGGCAUUACUGACAACGACGACGUGUCGGGCGCCUUCGUGACGCUGCGAGUCUUCCGCGUCUUCCGUAUCUUCAAGUUCUCCCGGCACUCUCAGGGACUGCGCAUCCUCGGCUACACGCUCAAGUCCUGCGCCUCCGAGUUAGGCUUCCUCGUCUUCUCGCUCGCCAUGGCCAUCAUCAUCUUCGCCACCGUCAUGUUCUACGCGGAGAAGAACGUCGACGACACCAAUUUCACUUCGAUUCCCGCUGCGUUCUGGUACACCAUCGUCACGAUGACGACACUUGGGUACGGUGACAUGGUUCCCAAGACGAUUGCUGGCAAGAUCGUUGGAGGAGUGUGCUCCCUCAGUGGUGUGCUAGUGAUCGCUUUGCCGGUUCCUGUUAUCGUAUCUAACUUCAGUCGCAUCUAUCACCAGAACCAGCGGGCAGACAAGAGGAAGGCGCAGAGGAAAGCCAGGCUGGCAAGGAUUAGAAUAGCGAAGGCGUCGUCGGGAGCAGCGUUUGUGAGCAAAAAGAAGGCGGCAGAGGCACGGCUGGCCGCCCAGGAGUCAGGCCUCGAGAUGGACGACUCGUACCACCAAGAGGACAUCUUUGAACUACAGCAUCACCAUCUCCUGCGCUGCCUCGAGAAAACGACUGACCGAGAGUUCGUGGAGAUGGAGGUGCCGUACAACGGGCAGCCGAAGCGGCCGGGGUCGCCGUCGCCGCUGGCGAGCCCGGCGCACUCCGCCGCCAGCCACCCCGGGCUGCUGCACGCGUGCUGCGGCCGCUGCUGCGGCCAGCGGUAUCAGAGCAUCCCAUUCCUGGCCACCAGCCCGGGCAAGGAUCGGGUAGUCCUUGUCUAUAGCGACAAGAUCGAAGUGCGGACCAAGAAGCACCAGCGCGGGGCGACGCCGGAGUCGGCGGCGCACGAAGAGGAGCUGAACGACAUCCAGAUCCGCAUGCAGCCCAACCGGUCUCCGCCGAGCGAGCCGACGCCGGACCGGCUGUCGUCGCGCGCCAGCCUCAACCAGGGCGGCUGCGCCGGCGGAGCGGCCGCCUCCCUCGUGUCGGCCAGCAAGCCCAACUCGACCACCUCGUCGACGAUGACGGCUUCGGUGGUGGUGAACCUGCCAGCCUCAUACCCGGGCUCGGAAGUGGGAGGCACCGCCUCGCCCAGUGCCUCCCCCGCCACGUCCCCCACCAGCCAGCAGCCGGAAGUCCGCAUCUCCAGCCUGUGAGCGUCUCACUCACUGACGGCCUAGAGUUCGACAACACCAAAUAUCGCUUCAUAAUUUCUGUCUUACUUCGUGCGUAACAAAUGGAUAUAGGAAACGUAGUCGUAUUAGGUCUGUCAGACUGGAACACCAAUAUUUUACGCGAACUUCUGAUUCCAGUUUGUCAGAGCUUAGGAAAUCGUACUGACACUACUUUCAUUCGUUGUCGAGAAAAGUGGACGGCAGUCUGCAGAAGUUCUUUUCCGAUCUGAAUAGUAGGUCCAGUGAGGCAAUUUAAACGUAAGAGCAGCAGUUAUAUUUAAAGACGUUAUCUUUCAAGUCUUUUUUUCCCGCAUUUAUUAGACAGUUUCAUUCACAAUAAAGUUAUUGAGUGAACUCUGGAUAAAGUUGAUGUUUGUUAUUAUUCAAUUAUAUUUAAGUAGCUGGUAUCUGCCAGAAAAACAUUUAUAGAAUUAAUUUUUAAGUGACGAGAGUGGAAGGUAUGUAUUUUCUGCAGGGCUGUGUCUUUCUAGGGACACAGCGAUCUUUCAGAGAUAUUCCAGGAUCAGAUAAAUGUGUGCACCUCGGUUUUGUAGUUCUGAAUAAUUGGUACUACGGUAAUGAAACGUGUUGUUUGUUGUUGCGGGGGUUCCACUUCUUAAUAUGACCUGGCUCUCAAUGAAAAUCCCUAAAACUCGAUAUAAACUCCUAACCAGCUAAAACAUUUGUAUAGACUGCCUUUAUCCACAGUUUACAUUAUUAGAUGAUGGAAUAUUUCGCAGAUCCAAUAUGCACUUACAUUUAACAGUAGUGUUCACAUGACCAGUGCAAAAGCUAGGUUAUUAUUGAAAGUUAAAAAGCCAAUGAGCAGUUCCUCUGAGUUCAGUAUUUACAAGGAAAGCCAUAUAAAACACAACCAUAUUUGCAUUUUUAGGUCUUAAAGAAAUACCAAGUGUUCAUAGAGCUUCCACUAUGGAUAGAACUGUCAUUGUGCCAGCAAAUAAAGUAGCGAAAAAACAGUAAGUAAUAACAGACUGACUGUAUUCAUUAUUUUGAAAACAAAAAUUUGGACAUAUUAAGAGAUCACAUUAACACUUUUAGAAUUGUGAACUCUCCAUAUGAAUAAACAGAGAAUACUGUGAAAUAAUAUAUAAAGUGAAUGUUAUUUCAUAAACAUAUUCUAAAUUGUUACCUUCAUAUACACUUAUAUUACCUACUUUCCAACAACUUUUAAAAUUGGGCUUUCAAUAUCUAUUAGUUUUUGACUGUUGUACUGAGUGAAUGUUACAGAAAAUUCUUAGGGAAUGUGUGGUUUCUCUACGUCUCAAAAUGAAUGAGAGUGCUGUGAAUACUCAGAAAAUCUAAAAUAAUAUUUGAUACAAAAUGGAUGAGUUUAUAACACAGACAUUAUAAGAAAGCAAAUAAUAGUAUGUUGAUUCAAUGUUGAUAACGCAGAAUUACUUGGGAGUAAAUACUGCAAUCAGAUCAAAGGCAAUUCAUUCUUGGUUGUCAAAAAACCAGCAUGCAGAUGUUCUUGCAGAAAUGCAUUGUGCAAAAUCCAAUUUUCUAUGUUUAAAACAAAAGUUCCAUAACAUUUGUUUUCAUUUAAGUUCAUUUUUUUACGUUGUUACAGGAAAUUGAAAUGUAUGUGCAAAAGAAAAGAAAAUACAACACUUAUUCCUAUACUCUUAUUAUCUUGAAGACCAAAAGCACUUAUUAAGAAAAGGAAGUGUCUCUCUCUCUCUGUCUCUCUCUCUCUCUCUCUCUCUCUCUCUCUCUCUCCCACUCACACACACACACCCACACCCACACCCACACCCACACACAAACACACACACACACACACACACACACACACACACACACACACAAACAAACAAGCAUACACACACACAAAAGGCUAAAUGACAACAAAUGUUAUUAUACUACAUUACUUUAUGUGUAUUUAUCAAAUAUGCUGUUGGAGGGAUACAUGGUUUACAUCACUUAUGUCUGUUACUGUACCUACAUUAUCUAAUUGUAUUUUUUUAUCUUUAUGUUCUGAAUAAACAAUUUCCAAAAGGCAAAAUCUUUAUUUUCAACAAUUUAUGAUUGCCAAGUAUUGCAAAGAAAUUAUCAGUGUGAAUUUAAAAGAUUCUUCUUUUCCCUACAUUCCGCAUGCUGGUUUCAUUUAAGAAGUCCUAGAUAUGAAUUAGCCUUUUUUCACAGUUUUAGCUCUAUUAAGUACGAUACUCCCACAAGCAUAAUCAAUGUACAUGUACUAACUAGGAGUUUUAGAUAAGGCUCAGAGUUUGAUGAUUGUAAAAAAAUUACUGUUGUGAUAAUUCUCUCAUGUUAUUGCUGAGAGUAAUUUUAUGGAGUUAUCUGUGUUUGUAAAAAAUUAUUCUUCAAUAAGAUUCAGUCAUUUAUCAUUUCAUCAGAAAAAAUAGAUAAUAAAUUUUAAAUGCCAUUAUUUAUAUUAGUCACCUUUCCAUCACUUAGUUGAAAAUCAUUGCAAUUGAAGACUGACACUAAAUAGACAAAGGUAUUAGUAUUUUUGAAUUUUAAAUUGAAUACUCAUAAUGUCAGUGCUUCAUAAGUCAUAAGGAUCAGCCAAAAAUGUUUUAUCUGAAAUAACAUAUUCUGCAUGUUUCUAUAUAGUUUUAAAAAUUAAUUCACAUGUAAUAUGCACGUAAUCUAUCUCAUGUUUCUUCCACAAAUUGGUUGUAGAAUUUCAUUCUUGCACGAAAUACUAUGAAACAAUAUGCAGCCUGUACGGUUUAAUUCAUGCGCUUCACACACAUUAGAGAAUGGUCUCAUGUCCACAUUUAAUCAAUAUUGGAAAGUGAUAUAAUCACCUGAUAAAUGAGUAGAACCUUUCAAAGUUACAUGCAGAAAAAUAGACAUUUGUGGCAUAAAUGCUAGAUUUAAACUUUAGAAUACUUUUAGAGUAUAAUUCGUUUAAUUCAGUUUUCACUCUCUUGGUUUUUCACCUUAUAUAUUUCCUUCCUGCAGUAUAUUAAGAUCAAGAUGUACCAGUAUCUUGGUAAUCAGCAAUAAACAUUUUGCUGAUACAAUGACGUGCUUUUCCAUUAGAGAACCAGCAAUUUUUCCUUUGUUACACUUCCUGACAAUUUUAUGUGUCUUGUCUUAGAUUCUUCUUCAAGAUUUGCCUCUUACAGGCACUUUUUGUCUUCAGUCCUUUGUAAUUAACAUCAUUCAGACACUUUGACAUACCUUUACUUCAGAAUCUGUAUCACAUAAAAGAGCUGACAAUUUCCCCUCCAGAAGCUAGUACUUCCUAGGGUCUCGGUUAAGAGCUUCUUAAUACACUGAAACACAAUAUAUUACAUGCAGUUUUCAUGCAGAAUAUAACAAUUUAUGUUAGUGAAUGUAAGUUUUGAAUCUGUACCAGUGGAUAUCCGUAUAACAAAAGUUUUAGUAGUUCGACACAGUAGAACCUGUACUUCAGACCAUGUCUAAACAACGACAAAAUUCCGUAUGGAUAACACAGAGCACUACACAAUAUGUAAGAGAAUUUCCUAAAUUAUAUUUAAUACUGAAGUACCAAAAUAAACGCCAAAUGCACUUUGUUCCUGAUAAAUGUGUUUUUAAUCAACUGUUGAUCUUAAUUAUCUGUCACACCACUUGAGCAGUAUACAGAUUUAUUUUACAUGGAAUAUCACAAUCCAAGCAAUGGAGACAUUCCUGGGGUUGUUUCCCCUAUAUAUGUAAACUACCAGAACUAACUUUAUUUCUUAUGACAUUGUUUUUUUCCGAGACCAUAUGUUGUUAUCGUCCAGGCCAGUAAAACCUGGUUCAAGUAUUUCUAUUAUCAUGGUGACUACAGCCUUCUGAUCUACAAUGGGUUUUACAACACAAAAAUUUUACUAUGUUGGAGAAACUAUGUUGGUUAGUUACUAACACUUCCAUUAACUUCAAAAAUAGAUUUCUUUAUUAUGUUCUAUCGAUUUAUCACUCUCACAUUCCUCUUACCAGAUACCUUUUUUGCUACAGAACACAGUUAACAUUACUAGAUCUGCUAAAUCUUGAUAUGUUUUAGCGCUCUAUGAUUUCCUUAAAUGAUUUUGUAUUUAAAAUUUUUAUCAGUCGCAGUAACAAUGUUGCUUUCACUAUUUUAUAUGCCUUUCUCCUACCUACUGAUAAUUUAUAGUUAGUUAAGCAGAAAAUAAGGAAUCAUUCAUUUAUGGAGUUUUGAAAUUCUGUUUUUUUUCUAAUACAUUAUUGUACAAAAUGAGGCCAGAAAGUCACUACUAUCACAACAAGCUACCUUCUGCAAUAAUCUUACUAACCUAUAAUAAAACAUAAACACAAAUCAAAUAGUGCCUCAGAAUGGAAAGUCAAUAUCUUUAAAGAUAUUACGCUAUCUUCACUAAAAUCUCGUUUUUAAAGCAGAAAAACUGUGAGAACAUUGUUAACAACGUAUAAUUUACUGAUGCAUAGAGAAAUAUUCAUAGUUAUAGCCUUUAAUCAUAUUUAAUAAGAAUAUCAUUGAGUCCACUGAAAUUUGUCACAUGUACACUAUUUUUAUUGGUUCUAUUUGUGUGAUGAACACACUUUAUGAGGCUGGAAAGUGUGAAUUUUUACUCCUGAUAUCUUACUAUGCUCUAAACACUUGUGUUGGAAUUGUUAGCAUCACAAAUGAGUCACUGAAUAAAUUUAACUGUAUGAACUAUUCUGCAAUUUCAUUUGAGAUGAGAGAUGUAGUGACUGAUGAGUAGCUAGUUAUGUUCAGUCUACAUUCCUAAUAAUUAAAUAUAUAUUGAAGAAUAUACAUAUAGUAUUCUAUGAAGCUGUUGACAUAAUGUUAAAGUGAAUUAUAAACUGUGUUAGUCUCUAGAAGGGUUAAGAAGAAAAAGGUUAGUUAAGUGACAUUUCUUUUUGUAUUCAGCUAGUGCCAUAGUUAAAGAUGAGUGGUAGGAAGAGCAGACAGAAGGUAUAAGAUGGUCAUCAACAGCUAACAUGUGAACUGAACAUAAUUUCCUGAAGUACAUGCAUUUCCUGUGCAUAAAACGUGGCUUAGUUCAAUUAGUAUCAAAUUAUAACACUUAUGACAAAAGUAAAUCUGUUUAAAAUGUCUGACCUAUAAAUGAACCACCAGUUGCUAGUGGAGCAUUCUAUACAAAGCAUACCCAAAAAAUAAUUACAGACAUAUAUGUUUCAAGAAUCAAGUGCUCUCUUGUGAUACAUCACAAAGUCAGCAAAGCAACAGCAUACAUGUUGUAUAAGUGCCCGUGACUCCCAAACUCUGAGACCUAAAGUGCUCGAAAUAUUGACACACUUCAGCAUUUCAAGUUUUCAUAUUUUCACAUUACAGUUCAGUUUUUCUUCUUGUUAUAGACAACACUGCUUUCACAUUAUUGUUAUUGUUACACUUUGUGUUUUGUCUUCUCUUGCUUUGCCAUUUCAGUUAAUAAAAAUUUUGUCUCAAGUACAUUCUUCAUUGUACUAAAACACAAUUUCUAUAUUCAACAAAUAUUAUAGCAUUAUUAGAUUUGAGACACAAUGUCCCUGUCAUUUUUCUCUUUUGUCAUAUUCUGUACAAUAUUUCACUGCUAUUGUACUUACGUUAGCCAUACUUGUUAAUUCUGUUAGAAAUAUACUCUGAUCACAUAUUCCAUUUGUAUCUUGGUCACACUCCAUACAACAUGUAUUUCUUCGACUUUCUUUAUUCUCUUUAUAUAUAAAAUGUGAAAUAUGGACAUCCUAUUUUGUCAUGUACUGCGCCUUUCAGUAAAAUAACUACGUUGAGCGCCAUUAGGUGGUACAUCUUAAAUAAACAGCUUACUCAAAAGUUACUUUCUCAGGUAAAGUGGAAAGGACAUUUAAAGUUUUGAAUUGUAAGAUUAGAUUCAGUAAUAUUAGACUUUUUUCUGGACAGGUGGUAUGUAAAUAAUGACAUUGUGUCUAGUUUCUCUUCUGUGGAAACUAGCAAUGCAACUGAUACGCAGGCACACAAUAGAACUGCAUUCCUUGCUACUUUUAUAUUUCAGAUAAUGAUAUGUUUUCUCUCUCUUGUCAAUUUGUGCUUUGUUAGUAAGUCAGGGAAUAACUCAAAAACAUAUGAUAUUACCUCUGUGGUCUUGACAGCCUGUAUUCAUUUUUGACAGAAUAAAUGCUCUGUGAGUUUUAAGAUAAUUUUUCAUAAUGUUAAAUACUGUGUAGCUUCUUGUAUCACUUUGGAGUUUCCCUUCUCCUAAAUAUUCCUAUUUGAUUUUACUGGUAUUUUACCAUAUAAUAAACAUAUGUAGACUUUUUAGUAACUAGUAUAAUUUUCGAAUACCUUCUAAAACUAGCUAUAUCUGAGUGUAUGGGGCAGCUGUCAUUCUUAAUUGUAAUGCUACAUCUAUACUUUUAAAUUUUUUGUGUACUAUUUCUAGCCUCAACUCAUUACUUGUUUCCAGACCUGGAAAUACUUUUCCAUUAAUUAAGAAUCUGUCACUGUUAACUGAAAGACAGCGUUUUCAUAGAAAUUAUUUACUUAAUAUUUUCUCACAUUAUCAUAACCUUCAAUUCUUUAGCAUUUUUAUAUCUAUCACUUUGAUUUAUGGUACAUUUCCUUUGUUACUUGUAAUACCACUAUGCCACUUAGUAUGCACUGAAAUUCUCAAACAGUUUACUAAUGUGGAGUAAUUAUCAGAUGAUUAUCAAUGCUUUUCACAUCAACUAUUAGUUCUCCUAAAUGGUUUUAGAUACUUCACAGCCAGAAAAGAUCAUUUAUCACAUUCAUAAAACGAAUUAAAACACACAGUACAUGUUCAUAAUUUUUUGCUAAAAUGUAAAUAAUAUUCACAAAAUAUUACACUCUAUUCACAUUUUUAAGAAAUAUAAAGGUAUUGAAAUUAGGAAAAAUGAUGUAAAUAAACCCCAGUAAGGUUUUGUAGACUGUGCAAAGAAAGGAAGCAUGUUUCUCUGAUUAAUGCUGUUAAGCGCUUCAUUUUAGACUGUAGCGUUUACCUUAGUGUCUAUUACAUGUAAUGUACAUACAGCACCUAUUGCAGCAUCAUAAAAGCACAGUAUAUGGUUAACAUUUGUAGACUGUAUCCAAUUAUGGCAAGCUAUUAUCAAGCACAGAAACACAUCUGUUCACUAUGGCCUUAGCUGUGAAAGAAAUUAAAGUGUGUUGG